AUGGCUUUGGUGUACCCUAAAAGCACCGGCAGCUGGAUGACUGUGCCGCGCUUUGAGCUUCUGCUGGCCAGAGGGGACGAGGCCCUUCCCGUGCAGAUGCUGUGGCUCCAACGCUGCCACGGUGCAGGACGCACGAGAGGGGGCUUGGUGGCGGUCGCAGGGUGGGUGUUAGUGACCAGCAGUGGCACUGCCAGGCUGUGCAAACCAAUCUGCAAGGGGUGCGGCGAAGAGGUGCUCUCCACUGCCGUGGAGCUGCUCAUCACCGAGCCAUACGAAGUGUCCGGCGAGGAGCACCUCUACUCCAGCUUCCCCGAGAUUGACUUGUCCCAGCUGGAUGCCAGCGACUUCGACUCCGCAGGCUGCCUCAGCGAGCUGCAGUGGUGCAGGGAGCACUCGGAGACCCCCCCCAGCCAGUACAGCACCGACGACUCCGAGCUCUUCCAGAUAAUAGACAGCGAGAACGAAGCACUCCUGGCAGCCCUCACCGAGACACUGGAUGAUAUACAGGGAGAUGACAUGGGCCUGGCUGCCUUCCGAGCUUCGGAAGAGGGGGACAUGCUCAACCAUGCCUACACCUCGCCUGCCCCCUCCCCCAAACCCACCGCCCCGGUCACGGGGGGGCCACCCCCGGCCCCCGAGUUUGAUGAGCUGUCUCUACUGAAGAAGUUGCUCCUCUCCCGAUCACACGUGCCUCCGAGCUGCGAGGCCCAGCGGGAUGGCAGCGCCCGGCGCCCGGGGACCCCCAAGUCCCGAGCCGCGCGGUCCUGCACAAAGGUACUUCCCUGGCGGGCAGAGCUCAAGCCCAGUGCCCACCUCUCGGGAGCUCACCUGAAGGAGGUCACCCAAGGACGUGACCCAGCCUUUGGGAAGAGGAACUUUGAGCCAAUGCUGACUGUGGAGCUGUGUGGGACAGCAGGUCUGACGCCACCCACCACUCCGCCGUACAAGCCCGCCGAGGAGGACCUGUACAAGCCAGACAUCCCCCAGGAGCCAGGGAAGGAGGACGGGACGGCCCCCGGGGCCGCGGGGGAUGUGUCAGGGUCCCGGAGAGCCCCCAGGAAGCACCCCGAGAGGACAGAGCUGCUGGCCCACCUGAGCGGAGUCGCCGGGCGCCCCGCACUCCCCGAGCAGCCGGCCGUGCUAAAGCGUCCCUUCUCCCGCUCCUUUGGGGACCACGACUACUGCCAGGUGCCGAAGCCCGAGGACGGCGUCAAGCAGCUGAGGGACCAGGAGAUCAGAGCCAGCUUAACGAAGCACUUUGGCUUUCUGGACAGUGCUCUCGAUGACGAGGACAUGGUCUUCUGCAAGACCCCCGAGUACGACACCGUCUUUGAAGACAGCUGCAGUGAGAGCAGCUCCCCCGUGGAGGAGGAGGAGGAGGAGGAGGAGGAGGAGGAAGAGGAGGAGGAGGAAGGGCACAGAAAUGCCAAGCUGUGCCUGCGGAGGAACCCCCUUUCCAGGACCAGUUUGCAUUACUGUUCCCGCAGCAGGUCCAGCUCGGGGUCCUCCUGCUGCCGGUCCCGAUCGCCCACAAGCAGACGCACCUUCAGGUACGGGGGCGGCAGGGGGGGCCACCGGAGACCCUUCUUGCACCCUGUGUUUCUGCCCUGGUGCAUGGCAGCCCUGGCUCUCUCUGCUCUGCUAGCCCAAGGAGAAGGCCGGGUGGUGUACGUCAGAAACCUCUCCAGCAGCAUGAGCUCCAGCGAACUGAAGAAACGCUUCGAAGUGUUCGGUGAGAUCGUGGAGUGUCAGGUCCUGUCCAGGACUAACAGGGGGGAUAAAUACGGCUUCAUCACCUACCGGUAUUCAGAGCAUGCCGCCUUAUCUCUGAAGAACGGCACCUUGCUAAGGAAGAGGAACGAGCCUUCGUUCCAGCUCAGCUCUGGUGGCCUCGGGCACUUCUUCUGGACCAGAUACGGUGACCUGGAUUGCGGCGCGGAGGAGUCCUCCCUGGCGCCGGUGAAAAGCAAGUACGAGGCCAUGGAUUUCGACAGCUUGCUGCAGGAGGCCCAGCUGAGCCUGCAUCGGUGACAGCCUUAACCUUGGAGGAAUACCUCAAUACCUCAGUCAAGGCACUUCCAAUAUGUUUACGUUUUCAAAGAAAUUAUUCAGUCUAUGGAAAGCGAGAGAGAGCGAGAGAGCGAGAGCCCGCCCGCACGCACGAGAGAGAGACUGCUGUCCCUUCCGAUCGAUGUUUACAUUGAACAAAGCUGCUUCUGUCUGUGAGUCCCCAUG